GACCGGGCAUUCGACUGGAAUAUUAAAAAUGUGUCAAUUAUUUCGAUUAAGUUCCAAUGUAUAAAAUGAGCAGAGCUGAACAGGCAAAGCGUUAACUUCUCAAUGCAGCGCGUGAAUGGAGUCGUUCGCGUUGACGUUUAUUCUCCAAACCUACUCUGCGUUUUCAACACGACAAAUAAACCCUCCUUAAUACACAAGCAAUUUGUCAUGUAAAUCGUGCUCCGUCUUUUGCCUCGAGUCCGCUGAAAGGACGUUCGGGCUCAUUUCGCGACGCGUUCGUGGGCUGAGAGCGAAGUUACGGCAAUAGGAUCGAUGUUUAUUGUGUGGACAAGCCCCUAAUUGUGCCUGAAUAAACUCAAAUUAGAGUUCGGUCAUUUACAUAUGAGUAGAAUUAGCGGACCCCCGUUUAAAGUUCCCUCCGUCGCGGCCGCAGGUGUGGGGAACCGGGGGCUCUCUCGCCUGUUUUAUUUCGUUCUGAACCGAGCGCUGAAAGGAGCGCGGUUUAAGUUACGAAUCAAUGCCAGACUCGAAUUAUUGUGAUGCGCGAACGAACGAUAUUCCGGUAAAAACCAAACAGACUAAUUGGCGUCCCGCGCGGGCGCGCUCGAAGACGUCAUCACGCAGCGAUCAGGAGAAAGUUAAAGUCAACAUCUUCAGGCGACGCCGCGCGAGCGACUUCAGCCGCGUUCCCCUCGCGGUAAAGAUAAUCACGGCGUUUGAACUUGAAAAGCCCCCUUUUCGGCCUUUUUGCAAUAAUUUGUUGUGAGUCUCAGGUGAAAUCGUCUGCAAACAAAUGAAUUCAAGCUGGCCCUCUUAAAAAGGCGAGAGGGCGACUGGUCAUUGUAGCGAGCACACAAAACUCUGGAUUCCAGCAAACUUUUUUUAUACAGCUUUAAAAGGGUCCCUCUUUUUUUCUCUCUCUCUCCCCGUUUCUCGCUAUACCUCUGGCCAGGCUAAGUCUUUUCUUCCCUGCCUUAAUCCUUCCCUUUAUUUCAGAAAAACACAAAACCGGGUUCCACGCAGCGCUUUAGUGGCUAAAAGUGAAAGAGCCGCUUCUUUGGAGGCUGAACUCUGAAUCGCGCUGGAAAAUUGGUUCUUGUGAAUAGGUGAAGGAGGAAAAACGUUUAAUAGGAUCCGAGGGAGGUUCUGCUCUCGCAAUCUGCUCUCUAAACAGGUGGAAAUGGGACCUUCUCAAUUGUACAAAUACAGGAGAGGACGGGGCGGCUGGUCGAUGCUCACACCAAGUUGGGUGGAAAUGGCGAGCUCUCUCCCUCUGGAAACAGUGAUGUCCUGCCCGAGACUAGACGACAGGAGCGGGGCCACGGCGGCGCCCAAGUCCCUGGCCUUUUCCAUCGACAGAAUCAUGUCCAAGACGUCGGAACCAAAAGCCGCCGCCGCCGAGGAGGAGUGCCGGGGAGGACUCGAGGGAUCCGAGGGGAAGAGGACGCUCGGCUUGUGCACCCCGAUUCCCUGCAUGAUCCCGAUUCAGCCGUUCAGCUACGACCUGCAGGCCAAGGCUUUAAUGAACUAUUCCGAGUUUUGGAAAGUUAAUUUCAGGGGAGCGCUAUGCACUUCGGCGGCCAUGUGCAAAUCCAACUGCGGCGUCUGCGGCAAAGCGGACGCGGGAAUCAAGCACUCGGUGUUGCCGGGAAGCAGGGUCAUCAAGCCGCAGGUGAUACACCAAGCGCUGGCCAUGCCCACUAGCGGAUCGUUGUGUUAUUUCAAUUAUUUGGACUCGGCUUACCAUCAGUCCGAGCUGCUGAGCGGACACUUAUUUUCCUCAGCAAUCGCGAACUCUCAAGCGCAAGCCAUAAGCGCGCACCAGAAGCUCCUCUUGCUGGAGAACGCCAAACUCGCGUGCGUUUCGCCCGAGAAAUUCCCCACGCCGCAGUACCCGCAUAAAGAGCAUCUCCCCGGGCAGCUGGACCAGAUAGUGCGGGAGAACCACAGCCUGACCGAGAAGAACGGAGUGAAAGCGCACAGCAAAACGAAUAACUGCUCCGCUGACGGCAAACCCAAGAACUUCACGUGUGAAGUUUGCGGAAAGGUCUUCAACGCGCACUAUAACCUGACCCGUCACAUGCCGGUACACACAGGCGCGAGGCCGUUCGUGUGUAAAGUAUGCGGGAAAGGUUUCCGACAGGCCAGCACGUUAUGUAGACAUAAAAUUAUUCACACGCAGGAGAAACCUCAUAAAUGUAACCAGUGCGGGAAAGCUUUCAACAGAAGCUCGACUUUAAACACACACAUCCGAAUUCACGCGGGCUACAAACCGUUCGUCUGCGAAUUUUGCGGAAAGGGUUUUCAUCAAAAAGGGAAUUACAAGAAUCACAAGCUGACCCACAGCGGCGAGAAACAGUACAAGUGUUCAAUAUGUAGCAAAGCCUUCCAUCAGAUCUAUAACCUCACGUUUCACAUGCACACGCACAACGACAAGAAGCCCUUCACCUGCGGGACCUGCGGGAAAGGCUUCUGCAGGAAUUUUGACUUGAAAAAGCACAUAAGGAAACUGCACGACAACGCCAGUUGUUUAUCCGCCGGAAACGAUUCUUCCAGAGGACACCAAAACUGAGACGCGAGCGGUUUUUGACUUGUUUUUUCUUUUGACCGCGCGAAUUGUUUUGUGGUGCUUUAACAUCUUCCACCGACACGAGCAAGGACGAACGGGACGGGAGGAGACCGCCACACCGUCGAGGAAUUGUACAUAAAGCAGAAAAAAAAAAUUAUUUAAUAAAUCCACUGCCAUACGGGGCUGCCAAGCAAUUAUUUGUAGACUAGAUGAAGGAAAAGCGUUUUAUAAAUAAAUGCAACUUAUGUGUAUAAAGAAAUGUUUGAUAAAUUUGUAAAUUUGUUGACAGCUGUUGACGCAGUGAAGCAAAUAUGCUAAAAUAAAAAUCAUGAAUACAA